UUUAUAAUAACUUAAUAUGUGACAUUAAAAGUAACCUAAUUAAAAGUUAAGGAAUUGAUACUAGACAGUAUAGCUUGUUCCUUGCGUGUAACAUUGAUGAACGGAAUUAGCUUAAGUUAGGUUAACUCCGAGUGUGUUUAAAUAUAAUUAUACAAAAACACGAUGGAAAAUCAAAAUGCGCAGUCUGUCAAGAGCAAUAAUCCCGCUCCGACGGUGGAACAAAUCAAUGCAGACAGGAUUACCCAGCUUGCGAACAAAUAUUGGGCACCACAUACUACAGACAAGCAUUUACUAUUCAGUUCUCAGAUAGUGGAAGAAAUUUAUAUACAAGAAAUAUGUACGUCAAAGUUCUCCAUUAGAAGGAUUAUGAUGUUGGAGUUUAGCCAGUACCUGGAAAAUUUUCUAUGGCCUAAUUAUAAUGCAGAGAAUGCUGCGAGAGCACACACCAUGUCUAUUGUUGUUAUGGUAAAUGAAAAAUUUAGAGAACGAGUGCAAGUCUGGGAAGCAUUUGAAAAAAAUUCAACGCAUUUUGCUGGAUUCUUUCAAAAAGUUCUGGAAGCAUGUCUAGAAAAGAGCAUAGCAGACUUUGAGUUGAAGGAACAGACAGCAUUGAUAGUGUUUUUGAAUCAUUGUUUUAAUUCAAUGGAAGUAUCUUUAGUUAGAGAAGAGGUGAAAAGAUUGGUCUCAUUGCCAAUGUGGAUUUCCUUGCAACAAGGUAGAAGAGAACUAGAGUUUAGAAAAUAUCCUAAAUGGAGAAAAUAUUGGAAAAUUAUAAGGAAAAAGGAUGAUCCAGAAUAUAAAGAAAAACUUGAAUGGGAACGUAGGUUUUUGCACAAACUGAUGAUAAAAUUUAUGACAAUAUUGGAGACAAUUCCUGCAGAAGGAGUUGUACUAGCAGACAAAGUGCGCUACUGCGAAAGAUUUUUGGAGCUGAUUAUUGACUUGGAAGCUUUACUUCCUACCAGACGUUUCUUCAAUACUGUUAUGGAUGACAAUCAUCUGGUGGUGCGCUGUCAGCUGUCCAAUCUGCUACAUCGUCCAGAAGGUAGUCUGUUUGGCCAGCUCCUGGAGAUGCUGAAAUUCUACGCCCGAUUCGAGAUAAGCGAGGAAACUGGUAACCCUUUGACUGAUCACGAUAUGACGCAGUUGCACUACGCUAAAAUUACGUCUCUUCAGAAUGCAGUCUUCGCGAAAUUCCCGGAUCUGCGGAGCUUUGCGUUGGCUAACGUAGCUAGCGUCGACGUCAGAGACGCUCUUUACAAGCACUUUGGUACGCUCAGUCAAGAGAAACUGAGAGCCAUCGCGAGUUACUUAAAUUUAGUGCCGCCCGAGGAGCGUGAGAAAGAUGAGAACUGGUAUCGCUUGGACAUAGACUUUCUGCGUGAACUAUUGAUAUCGCGACACGAGCGUAGACCAUCGCAGCUGGAGGAGCUGAAUGAGAUGCCGCUCUAUCCGACCGAGGAUAUCAUCUGGAACGAGAGUGUCGUCCCGACCGAGUACUUCUCUGGCGAGGACUGCCUGGCCCUGCCGAAAUUGAACCUUCAGUUUCUCACGUUGCACGAUUACUUACUACGGAAUUUCAAUUUAUUUCGCCUGGAGUCUACGUACGAGAUACGACAGGAUAUCGAGGAUGCCGUAAGCAGAUUGAGUCCUUGGCGGGCCGAGGACGGUGGCGUCUAUUUCGGCGGAUGGGCCAGGAUGGCUCAACCGAUUACACAAUUCGCGGUGGUCGAAGUGGCUAAACCUAACGUGGGCGAAAACAAACCAUCCAGAGUACGUGCUGACAUCACGAUCAAUCUCAGCGUUCGUAAAGAGAUUAAAACCGAGUGGGAAAAUCUUCGUAAGCACGAUGUGUGCUUUCUCAUCACGGUCAAGCCGCCCAAUCCUAUCGGCACCAAAUACAGCCACAAGCUUCCUUUCGUGUCCCAAGUAGGACUGACCACGGUGCGUGGCUGUGAAGUUGAGGGUAUGCUCGAUUCGAAUGGCAGAGUGAUAGAGGACGGCCCGGAACCGAGGCCAAUUUUACCUGGUGAUUCUCGUACCUACAGAGUGUGGUUAGACUGUAAUCAGUACCGGAUAGACAUGGACAACGCCAGUCAUGGCGGCGAGGACGUAUACGAAGGAUUUAAUAUUAUAAUGAGACGUAAACCCAAGGAGAAUAAUUUCAAGGCGGUUUUAGAAACGAUUAGGGAGCUCAUGAAUACCGAAUGUGUUGUUCCGGAUUGGCUGCAUGAUAUAAUCCUCGGAUAUGGCGACCCCGGUGCGGCCUGCUAUUCGAGAAUGCCGGAUGAGAUCGCGACGAUGGAUUUCAACGAUACGUUUCUCGACAUAGACCAUCUACGAGCAAGUUUCCCUUUAUACGAGAUCAGUAUAAACCCCGAGGAUGAGAAAGAUCUCGUGCGGCCGUUCCAGCUGACUUUCGAGGAUGUUCUAGCAAAGCGCAAUAAUGAAUCCGUGAAGAAAAUUAUCAGGGUAAAACCACAUGUACCACCCAGCCGAGGUCCAUACAGAGCAAAUGAACCGAAGAAGAAUCAGAUCCCUUUCACGCCGACGCAGGUUGAAGCUAUUCGAGCUGGAAUGCAACCGGGUCUGACGUUAGUAGUGGGUCCACCCGGUACCGGCAAAACGGAUGUCGCCGUACAGAUCAUCUCAAAUUUGUAUCAUAACUUCCCGAAUCAGAGAACACUCAUCGUCACACAUUCCAAUCAAGCGCUCAAUCAGCUGUUUGAGAAAAUCAUGGCGCUCGACAUCGACGAGAGGCAUCUUCUGCGUCUCGGUCACGGUGAGGAAGCUCUGGAAACCGAGAAGGAUUUCAGUCGUUAUGGCAGAGUCAACUAUGUCCUUGCUAAGCGCUUGGAUCUACUUCUAGAAGUUCAGCGGUUACAGGAAUCGUUGAAUGUGAAGGGUGAUGUCGCGUAUACCUGCGAAACGGCAGGAUACUUCUUUAUGUAUCAAAUAUUCACGAGGUGGGAUCGCUUCGAAGCCAGGAUCAAACAGCGGCAGAGUACGAGCGAAAAAUCCGACUUGGCCUCCAUAGUCGACGAGGAAUUUCCAUUUCACAAAUUUUUCGACAACGCACCUCAGCCGCUCUUCAAGCGGAAUACGUACGAGGAAGAUCUCAAGAUCGCCUGCAGCUGUUAUCGGUACAUCGAAAGGAUAUUCGCCCAGCUGGAAGAAUUUCGCGCAUUCGAAUUACUGAGAUCCGGCCUCGACAGAUCGAAGUACUUGCUCGUAAAGGAGGCCAAGGUGAUCGCCAUGACGUGUACACAUGCAGCGCUCAAGAGACGCGAACUUGUUGACAUGGGCUUCAAGUAUGAUAACAUCCUCAUGGAGGAAUCCGCGCAGAUUUUAGAGAUCGAGACAUUCAUACCGUUGCUGUUGCAAAAUCCCCAAGAUGGCUACAAUCGCCUGAAGCGAUGGAUAAUGAUAGGUGAUCACCAUCAGUUGCCGCCUGUCAUCAAGAACAUGGCGUUUCAAAAAUACUCGAACAUGGAGCAAUCGUUAUUCGCGCGCUUUGUGCGUCUCGGUGUGCCCACGGUUGACUUGGAUGGUCAAGGUCGUGCCAGACCCAGCAUUUGCAAUCUUUAUAAUUGGCGUUACAAGAAAUUGGGCAAUCUGGCGCAUGUGGAGCACAGCCCCGAAUACCUGGUGGCAAAUGCUGGCUUUCUGUACGACUUUCAAUUGGUCAAUGUCGAAGACUUCAAUGGCGUCGGUGAGAGCGAACCAAGCGCCUACUUCUAUCAGAAUCUCGCCGAGGCUGAGUAUUGCGUUGCUGUGUUCAUGUACAUGCGUCUGCUGGGUUAUCCGGCCGACAAGAUCAGCAUAUUAACUACCUACAAUGGCCAAAAGCAUCUCAUAAGAGACGUAAUCAACAUCCGAUGUGCGAACAAUCCGCUGAUAGGUCGGCCCAACAAGGUGACCACCGUUGACAAGUAUCAGGGUCAGCAAAACGAUUACAUUCUAUUGUCUUUGGUGAAGACACGCGCAGUCGGCCAUUUGAGGGACGCAAGGCGUUUAGUAGUCGCGAUGUCGCGUGCCCGUCUCGGCCUCUAUGUCUUUGCCCGCGUGUCCCUCUUCAAGAACUGUUUCGAGCUGACGCCGGCAUUCGAUCAGCUGAUGCAGAGACCAUUAAAGCUACAGCUCUUACCGCAGGAGGUCUAUCCUACUGAGCGACUGUAUGAUGCUGUGCCCCCGACUGUCCCGAUGGAAAUCGAGGAUAUGCCGCAUAUGGCUAAGUUCGUCUACGAUUAUUACAUGGAGAAAGUCAGCGGUAUGAAGGAAUCGCAGAAGAUGUGGCAGAAACCAGGAACCAUGCAAACCACGAGUAACCGAGUGCACAAGAUACCUGCUCACCCUGGUGCCGACGACGAUACCGACGACGAUGACGAUGACGACAAGGAUAACAACAACGAGGAAGCAGAGCAAAGCAAAGCGGAAACGAAAGAGACCACGGAAGAGACGGCAGAGACCAAGUAUGAACCAAUCAAGAAUUUAGUCGAAGAUCCUCCGAGCGAGGCUGAAGAUGACAGUUGAACGAGCCACGUCACUUACCUAUGCGCGCAUGCAAAGAUUGACACUACACUGGGCAACGUGUCGACACAUUGUAGAGGUU